GAGCACCUCCCUCAUCCUCACAUGUUCCAAAGCCCACCAGUGUGAGGAUUGCAUAUUAGUCACACACACAUCCUAGAAGGAGGGGGAUAAACAGGUGACCAAAAUGCCAGCCAGCCUGUGUGGUACAUGGGACAUAAUCAGCAAUGUGAACUUCGAGGGCUACAUGAUUGCACUGGGUAUCAGCCCAUACUUACAAAAGAUUGCUCUGAAGCUGAAGCUGAGGAAGGUAAUUGAGCAGCACGGGGACCAGUUCAUCAUCAAAACAGCCAGCACGUUCCGAAACUACACCAUCUCCUUCAGAGUGGGUGAGGAGUUUGAGGAGUUCACCCAGGGACUGGACAACAGACACGUCAAGUCACUGGUGACAUGGGAGGGGAAUAAACUGGUGUCUGAACAGAUUGGACAGAAGAAGAACCGGGGCUGGGCUCACUGGAUUGAAGACGACAAGCUACAUCUGGUGCUGUACUGUGAAGGAGAAGUCUGCAAGCAGGUUUUUAAGAAGAAUGUGAAUGAGUGAAGAGGAAUGAAAGUAUUUCUGGAGACGUUACUCUGUGAUGAAAGACAUCAUGUGUUGGAUCCACCUCCCUAAACCCUGACAAACAAAACCCCACUGGGAGUUUAGUUUGUGGUAUUUCCUGUACAGUGACCUCAGGUAUCUCUCCUGUCAGGGUAUGAUUAAAACCACUAGAUGGCAUCAAUGCAUUACUUUUGUUAGACAUUGGGCUACACCGGUCUGUAUCUUGGUUGUGUUUUGGCCUCAGACAAAACAAAAUACUGAACAUCGAACCCUUUUCUGGAGCCUUUCAGCUGGCUGAAAAAAACCCUGUCUAUGCACGCUCUGUUUAGUGCAAACAUUCUGUUGUCUGCAAAUGUCUGUUGUCUGACAGGAGAAAUUUGAGACCCCACAUUUUCUUUGCGUUGGCUUGUGCUGUCCAUUUGACAUUUGGUGGAGCUAUUUGUAAAAAAUACAUUCUCUCAUUCAUGUACAACAAAAAUGAGGUUUAGGAUGAUUGGAAUACAGUUUUAUAUGAAUUUUGCAUA